CGGUUUCGGUUCAAUCAAACCGAAUUAAUACCCUUCAAAUUAAAAUUGUGUGUUUCCACCACCGGGAAGCGAGAGUGGUUCACGAUACCGGGAAAUAAUGGAAGGGGAACGACACGAGGAAGCGGCGGGGGAGAUGGAAGGUUUUGAAGAGAGUAAAGACAAAGCGGCGGAGAUGAGUCGUAAGGAGAAGCGAAAAGCGAUGAAGAAAUUGAAGAGGAAGCAGGUGAGGAAGGAGAUAGCGGAGAAGGAGAGAGAGGAGACGGAGGCUAAGUUAAACGAUCCGGCGGAACAGGAGAGGCUGAAGGCGAUUGAGGAAGAGGAGGCGCGGAUGAGAGAGAAGGAGUUGAAGGAGUUCGAGGAGAGUGAGAGAGCUUGGAGAGAGGCUAUGGAGAUUAAGAGGAAGAAAGAAGAGGAAGAAGAAGCGAAACGAGAAGAGGAAGAGAGGCGUUGGAAGGAUCUAGACGAGUUGAGAAAGCUUGAGGCUAGUGGGAACAAUGAAUGUGCCGAGGAUGAGGAUGGUGAAUAUGAAUAUAUCGAAGAAGGGCCUCCAGAAAUUAUAUUCCAAGGAAAUGAGAUCAUUCUCAGAAAGAACAAAGUGAGGGUUCCAAAGAAGCCCCUAGUUCAGGUGGAUGGAAACGAGAUUUCUGACAGGCCUACAUCAAAUCCUCUACCUCCGGGAACUGAAGCUUGUGCCAGCUAUCAGAAUGUUAGUUCUGCGCAACAGAUUCUGGAGAAUGUUGCACAAGAAGUACCCAACUUUGGAACUGAGCAGGAUAAAUCUCAUUGUCCUUUUCAUUUGAAAACUGGAGCUUGUCGGUUUGGCCCACGUUGUAGCAGAGUUCAUUUCUACCCCAAUAAAUCGUGCACACUACUUAUGAAGAACAUGUAUAAUGGUCCUGGUAUUGCUUGGGAACAGGAUGAGGGGCUUGAGUAUACAGAUGAGGAGGCUGAACGUUGUUAUGAAGAAUUUUAUGAAGAUGUUCAUACAGAGUUUCAAAAGUAUGGAGAACUUAUUAAUUUCAAGGUGUGUAGAAAUGGCUCAUUCCACUUGAAGGGCAAUGUAUACGUACACUACAGAUCAUUAGAAUCAGCUAUUCUUGCUUACCAGUCCAUUAAUGGUCGAUACUUUGCUGGUAAACAGGUAAAAUGCGAGUUUGUCAACAUCUCAAGAUGGAAAGUUGCCAUAUGUGGGGAGUACAUGAAGUCCAGGCUUAAAACUUGUUCUCGUGGUUCUGCUUGCAAUUUUAUUCAUUGUUUCCGAAAUCCUGGUGGAGACUACGAAUGGGCUGACCAUGACAGACCACCUCCAAGAUUCUGGAUUCACAAAAUGACCGCUUUAUUUGGUUAUUCAGAUGAAAAGCACAUGGAGCAUGAAUCUUUAGGGUCAUUGAACGAUUCGAGAUUAGAUCUACCAACAGAUACACACAGGCAACCUUCAAGAAGAUCUAGAUUGAGGGACCAUGAACAUGCAAACGGUGGAUCUAAGAUUUCUUGUAGGAGCCGUAACAAUCAUGGUGAUACCCGGGAGAAUACUCGUGGAGACAAACUUAGUAGGCAGGCCGAGAACAGUCAUGAUGGAGAUGACAGUCCUAGCAGAGAUGGGAGUUUAGAGAGGGAGAUGUAUAAAGAGCGACGGCAUGCUAAGGACACAUUGCAUCGUGAUAGCAGAUGGUCUGAACACUCUCCUGGACAUAGGGUGAUAAGGAAAAGAACCCAUGGGAUGUAUUCUGAUGAUGAUUUUUCUGAUGGAGAUGACAAUGGUAGGAGAGAAACGGGUCACAAACGAAAAUCCAGAAGAGGGACAGAUUCAGAAGCUCAAGAACAGAUGGACGAUAAAAAGGACAGGAAAACCCGCCGUAGUUCAAGAAAACACAGUAGGGAAGGGUCAUCAGCUGACCGUGAGGAGAGUCAUGAACAUGGUAGGGUUCGUACAUCGAAACUUCGGGAUGAAAGAAGCAGCUCAAGAUAUUCGCACGCGGAAGUUUCAACUGAAAGUAGACAUCGUCAGCAUAAAGGAUCAGACCUUCGAGUUAAUGGAGAAAAUAACAGGAAGAGAAGUGUAGAAACUACUCCUCCCACAGAAUGUCGUCGGUCAGAUAAAGAAGAUAGGGGCAAAAGCAAAGAGAGGCACAGAUACAAUUCCCAAGAUCCUGACUCUGAUCGAAGCAGGAAAGGAAAACGUCAGACUGGUUUAUCAAGUGAGGAGAGUUCAGAUAGAGAAACACACAAUGAGAGACCUCAUCGCCAUAGAAAAAGAAGACGGUCACAAAACUCAGACGACAAGAGUCGUAAAUUUGCUGAGGAAUCAGAGGAAGUCGAAGAAGAGUUUGAGCGUUGGAGACCAGUGUGAUCUCAAUCUAUGUUCUUGUGACUUCUUGUUGGCCUCAUCGUCUUCGCAUCUGUAAUUUAGUUUUAUCAAGUGAAAAAGUUUUGGUGAAAAUCGAAAUUAUGACAAAACAGUUAAAAGUAGUAUAGUUUUGUUUAUUUGUUA